GUCCAUUUCACUUUGCAGCUGUGUUGUUGCUCACUCAAGAACAGUCAGUGACGUUGCAACCAGUGUGCGCGUUCUCGUGGAGUUGUUCCGGUGGCUUUUCCUGUGUUUGUAAACUGAGCUGAGGUGGAAUAAAAGAGCGAAAUUUUGAACUAUUGAGGGAUAAACAUCAUUGCCAGAUGAUAAAGGACGGAAAAACUUAGUGUAUGAUACCUGAUCUGGACUGACGUCUCAUCUACACACAUCACCUGUCCUCACACCUGCUGUCAACAGCUAUGUCGCACAUUCCCAGCAGCUCCGUCCGUGACCAUAUGAAAUGGGCAGGGCUGUUAGGAUGUGAAGCAGUCUUGUCCAGCAUGGCUUUGAUGCAGGCCAGUUCCAUUACUGCCCCUAAGAAAUUGAUGACACCGUUGGGUCCGGCCCCAGGUCACUGUUCGGCUCAGAGGGAUCCACAGGACCGCGGGAUGCAAGGACAUAUGGUUUUGCCAACGGGCAUGACCUGUCCCCCACUGCUCCUGCGGAAGGAGGCUGAUUUUACUGCUCCCCGACUGCUGGAUGAGAAGGAAAUGCGACCCAAUGAGGACAUGCAGCUGAAGAAAAAAAACAGGAAGGCAGGAACACCCUGUAAAGUGAGAGAGCAGGAUGGGCGAACGGGCAAGGCAGUUGUGGAUGAAAAUGGAAAUUGUCCACUUUCCAAAGUCCAGAAAAACUUUAUUUGUGAUCACUGUUAUGGGGCUUUCAGGAGCGGAUAUCAUCUGAAGAGACAUAUUCUCAUUCAUACGGGGGAAAAGCCGUUUGCAUGUGGCAUAUGUGACAUGAGAUUUAUUCAGCGUUAUCACUUGGAACGACACAGCCUUACUCACACUGGGGUGAAGCCGUAUGCUUGUUCCAUGUGUGACAUGCGGUUUUUCCAACGUUACCACUUGGAGAGGCACAGCCUCACUCAUACGGGGGUCAAACCUUACGCUUGCUCCAUGUGCGACAUGCGAUUUUUCCAAAGAUACCAUCUUCAACGGCAUAGCCUCAUUCAUACGGGGGUGAAGCCGUAUGCUUGCUCCAUGUGUGACAGGCGUUUUUUCCAACGCUAUCAUCUGCAGAGACACAGCCUCACUCAUACGGGGGUGAAGCCGUAUGCUUGCACAAUGUGUGAUAUGAGAUUUUUCCAACGCUACCAUCUUCAGAGACACAGCAUCACCCAUACGGGGGUGAAGCCGUAUGCUUGCACCAUGUGCGACAUGCGUUUUUUUCAACGCUACCAUCUUCAGAGACACAGCCUCACCCAUACGGGGGUGAAGCCGUAUGCUUGUUCCAUGUGUGACAUGCGUUUUUUUCAACGUUACCAUCUGCAGAGACACAGCCUCACUCACACGGGGGUGAAGCCGUAUGCUUGUUCCAUGUGCGACAUGAGGUUUUUCCAACGAUACCAUUUGGAAAGACACAGUCUAACUCAUACUGGAGAGAAGCCGUUUGCUUGCGACAUGUGUGACAUGCGGUUUAUUCAGAGGUAUCAUCUGGAGAGACACAAGCGUGUUCACAGUGGAGAGAAACCUUAUCAGUGUGAACGCUGUCAGCAGAACUUUUCACGGACAGACAGGCUGCUACGACACCGGCGCUUGUGUCAGGGUCGUGGUGUGACUAAAGUGGAGGCUCAGCCAUGCUCCUUCCCCCAGGAGCCUCCCCAAGCCCCUCAGACCACCUGGAGUCCCCUGCACCCUACCACGGGUCGCCUCACUGCCUGAUCGAAUGCUUCCCAGACAAACCUUGAGAAGACGGCACAUCCAGACCUCUCCCAGCACCACCAAAAGUGAUGGAGAGAUGCGCUACAAAGAAAACAAAGAAAGAAUGUCAUUUUCUCUUUGUGGUAGAAAAGUGAAGUGAAGUGGAUUGGACUUUAUAUAUUUUGGUAAUAUAUUAUUAGGGUUAAAGAGAGGGGCUUUGUGAGUUUGAGUCCCUUGAGUAAGGGAACAAUUGGCAGAACCAUAACUGAAAUGGAAAUGUUUUGUCACCAACCAUCUAACCAAACAAGGUCAUUUUUUCAUGAUGGUACAAACCAUCUACUAACAAUCAUCUAAUCAUACAUACUUUAUGUAUGUGAAAAGUAUGUUAAGUGCGUGGUUCAAAUGAGCAUCAUAUAUGAUGUAUAGGCCUGCUGUAAAGUGAUACGGUUUAGUACCCUACUGCCAUAGGGACUCAGGUAAUGUAUGGCUACCAUCGUGAAUACUUUUCAUGUUCAUGUGGAAAUGCACAGUGUAGAUAUAUAUAAAUAUAUAUAUAUAUAUAUUAUUCAUUUACAACAUUCACAUGCUUUUUCUUGAUUUUAAGUGUUUGAUAUGAUAUUGUAACUAUGUAUGAUGUGUAUAUAACUGUGUAACAGCUGGUUUGUUCUCUAUUGUUGCCAUGAGCUGGUACAGAUUAAGCUUAUGUCUCUGACGGCAAAUAUUAACAAAAAAUAAAUUAAAUAAGAAAUAAUAGUUUGCAUAAAGAAAUUCUUCUAGGACAAAGACGUUUUUUGCACUGUAACAGUACAUCUCACCUAACUGUAAUCAUUUAAUAUCAUAUAAUGCAAUAAUUCUCAUUAAUUAAAAAAAUAUAUUUUUUAUUGUUAAGUUCUUGUAAAUCAUCGUCUUUAUACUGAAGAAAAAUAAAAAUUUAUUUGAUAAGUCACUGUAUUUUAUUAAUCAAAAUGCAAUUACAGUUGAGAAUAAUGAGAAUUGUUCAAAUUAAAUGCAUUAUUGUUAGGAUAAAAUAUAAUUCACAUCAUCAGAUUUUCUUUAUGCAAAACAUCAUUUUUUGAUUUCUUUUAAAUAUACUGUAAAAUAUGACAUGUUUCGUAAGAUACUGUUUGUUGGUAAAAGACAUGAAGAAAAUGUGCAGAAGACUCCCUCUAUUAUGUACAGAUUUAUAUGCUCAAUUUAAAACAAGAUCUUGUGGCCUUAGGAUGUGUUCAUGUGUUCGUUUUUUUAAGUACCUAGGUAAUAAAAUAUACAUAUUAUUUGACCAAAAUAUUUACAUAGGACAGACUGCCUUUUUGUUUUUAAAGGUCAACUUCAUGUUGCCUCAUAUACAAGCACAGCUGUACUGAAUUCUCUCUCUGAUGUAGAUUUGUGUUUUUUAUUUUUUUGAAAAGACUCUAGUGGGGCCAUCGGCAAUGAAAAGCCAGAAAAUCAAUGCUGAAAUGUUUUAUCUGUUAACUUUGUAUCUUAUUGUUAAAUGGAUUUCUGCUGUUUGAUGAAGGCCUCUUUGUAUACAUUUUGGUACCGAUGGACAUGCUAGAUCAUGUUCGGGUGUCUGUUAGCUGCUUACAGAUUACAGUUGUCAGCUGUUAAUGCUUUCAUUUUUUCUUUCUUUUUAAUCUUAAAUGUAUGAUUAUUAAACUAAGGGGUUGUAAUCCAAUUUGUUAAAUAACAAGCUAAUUUAUGUAUUGUUCUGACAUUUAUCAUUGUAAUAUAACUUUAAAACACUGGGGAGAUAAGUGUGGGCAAUACACACACACACAUAUAUUUUUUUUUGAGAGAGAGAGAGAGAAAGAGAAAGAAACAUAGUAUGUAUCUAUUAGACAAAGCCUCUCUCCACAAUGUCAGUCUGAAUUGGUUUGGAUGGAUAUUUGAGUUUGCUUGAGAAGUCAGAAAUGAGAAAAUACGAACUGAACAGAAGUAUUUAAAGCUUUGCUCUGUUUUAUGUUGUUUUCUGUUUGAACAGACACUAGACUUUGCAUCAGUUAUAGAUAAACCAUAGUUUUAUUUAUUUUGUAUUGCUUGACUUAGCAGAAAUUUUUGUAAACAUUUUAUUAAUGUCCUGUUUUUCAGCUGAAGAGGUUUUCCAGAAACUCCUGAAUGCAUAAAUAACUAAUUCUGUUCAAUGUUGUAAAACUGGGCUUAACUGUUUCUUAAAAUAAUUUCCAACACCCUUGUGAUACAAUUAAUUUUCAUUGUGUUGAAAUAAGAAAGGGGCUUAUGCAUAAAUAAAAUACUAAAAGAAAGUU